UUGCGCUAUUUUGCAAUGAAGAAUGGACCAAAGCUUUUUUGACUAGAUGCGCAAAGUAGGGAGAGAAACGAUUCUCUACUGUAAUAACAGAUAUGUAGUUCCACAAAGCAUUGGCUCAAAGGGCCGGACACAAACAACCCCUCACACCUUUCGAACAAUUGUCAUUUGUGCAAAGCCUUCGAAAACUGUUUGCCAUUUCUCUUUCCCUUCACCAUUCUGUCAUAUCUUGUGUUGGUCUUUCAAAUGAGAGCAGCAAAAAAAUGUUGCUGUCUCCUUGAACAGAAAACCAAGCCUGUCUGUUCAUGUGCAGACACAAAUUCGCCUAUAUUUCUCUUUCAUUAGUAUGCAGAUGCAGCAAAAUGCCUCCCAGCCAGCUUGCCGUGUCAGUGUUGUACUGACCCGAGAAAGGACUCCUGCCAGGAGGCAUAAAUGAAACAGCUGUCCAAUGCACCGGCUCCGCGCCGGUGGCAGGGCUGCGUUAUAGGCUCAACCCCGUGAUAGGGAACGGUGAUGACGACAGCGCGUAAAUCGGCUGAUGGAGACCAGAGAUGCUCCGAUGACGCGGUGUGAGCGGUGAACACAAGUGCCUGCCUUCCAGCCAGCCUACACGGCAACCAGCAGAACUCCACAUCCAGAGGACGGGGAAAGGUUUGGGUAGGCGCGCGUUCCCAGAUGGAUCCCAGGGAUGGUGCGCUUUCUAAGCUUCCUCCCACCGCCACCACUGUGAUUUUUACUAAUACAUUUUAAACCAGGUGCAUGUGUUGCAGCUACUUAAACUUUACAAGCUGAUCUGACUAUUUUUGUAAGAGUCACAGCUGAAUCAACCAAAAUGCCAACGACGCACGAAACCACCCCUGCGCCCAACCAGAGCCAUCUCUCCACGGCCAGCUCUGACACGGCGGACCCCUCCGGGAUGGAGAGACGGAUCCAGCUCCUGCUUUUCGGCUUGUGCGUUACGAUCGCCGCCGCCACCUUAGUUGGAGGCGUGUACUCGCUCCUGUCGCUCCUCCGGAUGAGGAGGAAAACCUCGCUGUGUGUCAUAGUGGCUUCCAUGUCGGUGGACGACCUGCUGAGCGUGGUGCCCCUCUCCCUUUUCAUGCUCCUGCAAUGGGAGACCCGGCGGGGUGAGGGGUCGGGCAGCCUGUGCACUCUGUCCGGACUUCUCUACGUGUUCCAGGGGGUUUCCAGCAACAUGAAGGCGUGCCUCAUAGCAGCCUACACUUUUUAUGUCACCAAGAGGUUCGGGGUGCUCCAGUCCGUCCGUCGGCCGCUGACAGUCAUGUGGGCUAUCGGUGGCGUGUGGGCGGUGAGCCUGACCGUCAGCAUGCUGCCUUUGUGCGGAUGGGGCAGCUUCACGCCGGCCUCUCUCGGAUGUUUCCCGGAGAGCGACAGCUUUUACACGGUGCUCCUCUUCUCACUGUAUCUCUUGUGCUUUUGCGGCUUCUUGGGUUUCUUCAUUCCCCUCACGUAUCAGCUGCUGUGCUCCAGAGAGCCCCAGAGGACGUUACUCUACCCGAGCUAUCUGGACAUGGCGAGGGGGCUGAGCGGCUCUGCUCCUCUUUGUGAGCUGCCGUCCUUCUCCCGGGACAGCCUGGACAGAAGUUUCGGAGCGUACAACGAGAUGAGCCCGAGUUCGUGCGGGACAGGGGUCAGGCAGAAGGAAGACAGCGGUCUUUCCCCGGUGUCUGCCGGCGGACCGAGGAGCGGGGCAUCGGUCGGAGACACACCUGUUGUGUUCGCGCAGAAGCGCUUCUCCAUGAUUCUGGCGGUCCUCCGAGUCAUAUUAUGGAUGCCGAUGAUGACUUUGGUCCUCAUACGGCAUGCUGCAAACGCACGCAGCUCUUCUCUGGAGACUCUGAGCUUCUUUCUUACUCUGCUUGCACCUGCGGUCACUCCCCUGUUUGUGCUGUCGGAGCGCUGGAUCCAUAUGCCGUGUGGUUGCUUCAUUAACUGCAAGCGGGAUCCAACACAGGAGCCUUCAGGGAUGAAAAGAAGACUUGAGUUCAACCUUUCUUUGCAGCAAGGCUAUGGAGUCUAUAAGCUGUCACAUGCCACCAAGUCUCUAAGCAGCCCUCCUAUAGAGAAACCCACUUAUCACAGCCUUUUUAACUGUGACUUCCCAAGUACACGCCUUGAUGUGCUGGAACCUGGUGGGCUCUCAAGACUCGGUCCCAGUUUUGAUUUCAGCACCCCACUACCAACGGACAGCUCCACUCAUGCUGGUCUAUUUUUAGAGGCCACAGCCAGUGUAGGGGGGGCACUGGCUGAUCAUCCUGUACUUCCCCAUGAGAACCACAGGGACGAUGAGGAAUUCCACUGCAUCCCCACUCUGCCUUCUCAUCUCCUAGAAAAGGAUCAGUCUCUCAACGACUCGUCAUCGGUUUUCGAUGGGCCAGAGAGGAGACUCUCACAUGAGGAGUGCCGGAAAAUUGAGCUAACAGAUUGGGAAUGGUGCAGAAGUAAAUCAGAGAGAACACCCAGACAGAGGUCAUCAGGUGGUCUGUCAAUACCUCUAUGUGCCUUCCAGGGCACUGUAUCUCUCCAAGCACCCACAGGCAAGACCCUCUCUCUUUCCACCUAUGAGGUCAGCAGUGAUGGCCUCAAAAUAUCGCCCAACAACGCAAAAAAGGUGGAGGUGUAUCGUUCAAAGUCCGUUGGCCAUGAACCCAGUGCAGAUGACCCAGGAUCUGGAGGCCACACCGGAGAAGCCAACGUCAGCUGUGUUGGAAUGGAGAUCGGCUUGGGAAUGGGAAUAGGAGCAGGGGUGGGGGACACCAACGUCAAAAUACACCUUGAGGUUUUGGAAAUCUGUGAUAAUGAGGAGGCCAUGGACAGCGUCUCCAUUGUGUCUAACAUCAGCCAGUCCUCGACCCAUGCCCGCUCACCGUCACUGCGCUACUCUCGCAGGGAGAACCGCUUUGUUUCGUGCGACCUAGGCGAGACUGCGUCCUACUCCUUGCUCAUCCCCAGCGGCGGCCACACUGAGGCAGAGACCAUCAAUAUCACUAUUCCUGACACAGUGGAAGCCCACCGGCAGAACAGCCGACGGCAGACGCAGGAGAGCUCAGGGUAUCAUGAGGAUAUUCAGCUCCUUAAUGAGGCUUAUAGAAAGCAGGCAGGCGAGGAGGAAGAGUGAGCUAUGUACACAAUAACAAAAGGGGGGCCUCUCGAGGGGGUGGUUGAAAGAGCAACUCAGGCAGUAAAGUCAGCAAGACAAAUAUUUUAAUCAUUGCACAUUUUUUUUCCUUUAGGAUCACAACUUCAACAGAGCUGAGAGGUGACAUGAACAUCUAAAGUCUUAUAAUAGCCUCUUUGCUUACUCCUGUCCUACUCUUUCAGGUAAAGGGUUGAAACCAUAUACGUAAGUUAUGUCUAUAUUAAACACAUAACCCUGCAAAUGUGCAUUUUAAAAGUAAUCAUACCUCUUGAACAUUUUCACAUAUUGUCUGAGCAGCUGUCUUCAAAAGUCAUCAGAUUGUUAAAUACCUACAUACAAUUUUAUCUGAGUCUGUCACAAGUUUCAUGUAUUUCUUAUAAGGGAUAGAAUAAGCUUGUGGAAGAAACUGUGUUUUGGUCAAAUAAGAAUAAGGCUACGUUCACACUGCAGCCUGAAGUACCCAAUUCCGAUUUUUUUGCCCAUAUGCGUCCUUUAUCUGAUCUUUUCAUGACAGUAUGAACAACACAGAUCAGAUUUUUUUCAAAUGCGACCCGGGCCGCUUGGAUAAAGAGAUAUAAACAAUAACAGUAGUGUCGUCUGCGAACUUCCGGAGUUUCACCGAUGGGUUUACUCAAGUGUAUUAAUUUGUGCACAGAGAGAACAGGAGGGGGGGGGGGGGACACUCCAGGGGGGCACCAGUGGGGGGAUAUCCCCCCACUCGCCAAUCCCAAACUGAUACAUGGUAGUGGCAGCGUCAUGCUGUGGAGAUGCAUUUCGUUUAACAGGGACAGUGAAGUUGGCCAGUUAGUAGGAAGGUUGAGACAGUAGAAGGGGAUUCCUGGAUAAACAUUUGUUUGAGGCAAAGGCUCACGUUCCAUCAGGGAAAUCAAUCACAAAUUUAGCGCUAGAGCUACAAUGGGAAUAUUUAAGUUGAAGCACAUUCAUGUGUUAGAAUGCUCCAGCCAAAGUCCAAACCUAAAUCCAGUUAAGAAUCUGUGUGCACAGCCUUGUCUUGUUAGGUUUGGAGAUGCGCCAUGCUCUCCGUCUUCACAUGAAGGUUUGAACAGUGCUCGUCAUGUGCACCUUCAUACCCUGAUUUAAACUCUUAAUUCAUUGCCCUGCAUUUAAUUGUGGGUAUCAGAUUAAAAACGUCUGAAUUCAGGUACACGUCAUGGGUUUCACAGUUUAAUUAUUUAUUUUAAAAAUCCACACAAUGUAGAAUUCCACACAAAACAAUUUUUGUUUUGGUCCAUCAAUGCAACCUGUCAAAAAAAAAUUUGGGUUGUAACAUGACAUUGUGGCAAAGUUCAAGAGGUUUGAAUAUUUUUCCAAGGCACUGAAGCUCAGUGAAUUAAAUGGCAUAGAAAAACAAACAAGAAAAGGCACCAGUACCAUCAGUAUUUCAGACCAGAUUUGAACAUGUGGCAGCCUGUCACCUUUGAAUAGAUACAGCAGGAGAAGCCGGAUAAAAAAUCACUCAGAUGUUGAAAAAAACGAGGAGCUGAGGUCUGAUCACAUUUCUCAUUUAUAAACAGCUCUUGUGGACUACGUCACUGAUGACUCAGCGGUGAGGGAAAGGCCCACCUGACCCAUAUGUCUGACUCAUUCAAGUGUGUGUUGGGCAUAAGGAUGAGAGUGUCUGCUGUGAUGUCAGACAGACACCAAAAGUAUUUGUGUUGCGAUGAAAAAAAAAGCAGUGUGCUAAUUUCACCACUCCUGUGUUUUUUCCUUAAAACCAGUCGCAGUGUCAAUCGUUUCUACACCGAUCAGCAUCAUAGUUAGACAACUAUCCUGGUUGAAAAAUAGAGAGUGAGGUGAUAACUAAAGAUAAAAGAGAUUUGUAUGCAUAGCACCUUUCUGCCUCAUUCAACUUCUCUGCCAUUUAAACAAGUGACUGUAUAUUUUAUUUCUGCAGGCAGCACAUAACUUUACAUUUCCAUAUCACUUUAGGGGAUCAUUUCUCUGUCCUGUUAGUUUACUUCCUAUCUAAUCAGUGACUCAGUGAGACUUCUCAUUAUCUACAUGCAUAAAUUCAGAACUGGAGCAACGUGAUCUCCAUCACCAUUUAGCUUCCAUAACCACUUUUGAAUCACUACAAUGACUGUGAAAUCUAGAAGCUAUUAAAUAUCUAUUCUCAUAGAUAAUGGCAGUGUUUACAUUAUUACUUCGAUGCACAUUCCCAUGUUUUUCUAGUUAAAACACAGCAGUGAAAUGAAUAUUGUAACUUAUUCUGACAUUUCAAAUGUAUUUAAUUUCAUUUUACGAUGGUGUCCCCGGUAUUUUUAGCUUGAUUCAACACUCCGCUCGCACUGUGUGUGGAUUUCAUUUGCAGACUUUGGAGUCGCUCGUUGCGUCAGCCAAAACGACUCCCGUCCUCCCGAAGACUGCCGUCAUUAAAGAUUCAUUCCAGGAAAUUACCUCCACCAAUUUCUGAGAUCCGCUCCUAUUUCAGCCGCUCCGGGGCAGAUUGUAGGAAAAAACAAUGUACAGGCAUAUGAGUAAUGAUGAAUGUAGAGCUGUGUUCAGUGUCAGCCCUUUUUCUGCUGUUAAUUGUGCCAAAAGGUUGCCAGUUUGAGCAGCGCUUCAAACUGCAGCCUAAUUAAUUCCAUCCGAUGUGUGUUUCUCUGUGUUACAGUUCAUUUACUGCUUAAGCAUUAUCAUAUACCAUGUGAUCAAUAAACUGUUACUUGUUUUCAUAGAA